AUCCAUAACCUCAACUCCUUCUCAUAUAAACACGAAUAUCAGUAUUUCAUGGUUUUGUUGUCUCCAGUAAUAAUAGUGAUAGUGAUUUGAUUAUUGACGUAUAAAUCUUAAUUCUCAUUGACUUGUGGGGGAUUCACUAUAAAAAAAUGAAUAGCCAAGUGCGACAUCCUUAUGAGGGACUUCUCCACAAAUAUACAAAUGCAAUGAAGGGCUGGCAAUAUCGAUGGUUCAAUCUGAGUCCGGAAACUGGAGAAUUACAUUACUUUUUGAGUGAAUCAGAAAAAAAUCAAAGACCAAGAUGUUCAAUUUACUUGGCUGGAGCUGUAAUAGCACCCAGUGAUGAAGAUUCCAAUACUUUUACUGUGAAUUCAGCCACUGGUGAUAUGAUAAAACUUCGAGCAACAGAUGCUCGUGCACGACAAGAAUGGGUUGACAAAUUGAGAGCAGUUACGGAGAUGUAUACACGAGCCAUUGCUAGCAGUCAUCCACCUCUGCCUCCACGAGAGCACUCCGCCAAUUCGUCAAGACAUCCUGUCGCUAAACUUGAAGUUCUCGAUGCUUUUGCAAAUUGCCGAGAGCAACUCAACCGAGUUGAAAAACAAACUCAAAGUCUUUCUCAAAUUAUUGAUACUUCAGUUUUCCAUCUUGAGCACGAGCUUUUAAUUUUAAAAGCCACUGCUCAUGCUACUAUGCAUACUUUGAAUCAAUGUUUAAACAUUUUAUAUCAAUAACUAUAAAAUAAAAUAAAACCAUCGCCAAUAAUGAUAACAAUUAAAAAGCACUAAUCAUCUGCGUGCUAUGUAUGUAUACGUGUGAGAGAGUCCGCAUAUGUGCGAAAAAUUACAUUCACCAGUUGUAGAGAGGGAGAAAGCGUAAGAUUCAAUGUCACGAUUGGUCCAGCAGGGGGAAGGGAGGAAUAGGUGAAGGCGAACAAGUCACUUAACUUAUUGAAAUUUCAUGGUCAAAGCAGAUCAUUGUAGCCAAGUUGUCAGUGUUAUAAGUAUUUUUAGUUGUUUAUAGGAACUCAAAAAGGAUUGUCCUCAAGUUUUUCACUUUGUAAAAAUGUAUAAUUAUUCUGGCUCAUUAAAUCUAAAAUUAACUAGAGAACUAAAAUAACAAUAUUGAUAUUUGUGAAA